AUGGAUACGAAGAUCGCCACGGAGCUGAAGAAGGAGAUUCGCAGCCAAGCCGAGAUCAGUCAGUUUCUCGACGACGCCAACCUUCGCCUUGUCAGGGCUUGUCACACGUCUUACGACAUCCUUGACGCCCUCAACACAUUCUACAGGCUGGGCACGAUGAGCGCUCAGAUUGGCGCCUUGACGACAAAGCUUUAUGCGCUCAUCGUGCGGCCGAGCGCUAUGAACGAAAGUGCCCUUUGA